CGAAGGAAAAAGACUCUCCCUCUCUAUCUCUUUCUCCACACACGCAGCAACCACACACAUAACUUUUUUGUUUCUUUUUCUCUACUUUGUCUUCAAACUGUUCAUUCAUAAAAACACCAUGUCAGACGAUCAUUAUUACGAUGAGGAAACCGAGACUGCCUUGGAAAAAGUCAAACGAAUGUUCCGUGAGAACAAGGCUGUCAGUGCAGGUGUUGGUUUGACCAUCGCAGCGUUUUUGGGAGCUAGUUAUGGUGUCAGGACAGGUCGUCGUGAGUUUGCUCAACACAUGUUCAGGGCCCGUGUAGGCUUCCAGUUCUUUACGAUAGCAGCACUCUUGGGUGGAGGCAUGUAUUAUGAUAAGAAGCGCAAGGAGGAACGUCAAUUGUUGGAGAGUCAACCAAAGAAUGUUUAA